AUGCCGAACAGCUUUGACGAAGCCAGAUACAGCUAUAACCCCGGCCUGACGGCCAAUUGCGUCUGCCGCGUCUUCUUUGCCAUCAUCGGCACCCUCCUCUGUUGGGUCCCCUUCCACCUCCUAUCGCGCAAUGGCGAAUUCGCAGCCGUCGUGCUCAUCGCCGACGUGGUUAUCCUCAACCUCUUCACCAUCCUUAAUUCGCUAAUCUGGCGAAGUGACAAUUGGGACAUCUGGUGGGAUGGCGUCGGCCUCUGCGACAUCGAGACGUACCUCAAUGGUCCCCUCCUGACGAUCUAUGCUGCUGCCAUGUUUGCGGUCAUGCGCAAUCUGGCCCAACAGGUUGGUCUCAUGAGAGCCAGUGCCUUGACGCCCGAGGAGAAAAAGAAACGGAACCUCAUCCAGGCCGUCAUCAUCUUCCCGAUUCCAGUUGUUCAACUAAUCUUCACUUGGUUCGACCUCGCUCAGCGAUACCAAAUUGGCACGCUUAUAGGCUGUUCAGCUGUCUACGACGGCAGCUGGCCCAAGAUCCUCAUCUACAGCGCACCGCCUACGCUCUUUGCGCUUGGAACUUCUCCUUAUGCUUUCCUCACCUGGAAGCGCUUCAAUGCAAUUUCUAAAUCAACCAAAGACGCCCUAGCCGCAUCCAACAGCACCGUUGCCUCACGGGCCCAGCGCACGAGACGACGCCUGUACCAGAUGUCCCUCUCGAUCCUGGUGCCCUACGUCCCGCUCAUGGUCGCUUUCCUCAUCGCUAACGUCCAGGACACCGACUUCAGGCCGUACGACUACCGUCGAAUGCAUUCCAAUGCUCAAGAGGAUGGGCAGUACCCCUGGGAUGCCAUUCUCUUCGUUCCCUCCUGGCUCGUGCCCUUCUCUACCAUCAACCAGCCCUGGAUUCCAAUCCUGACUACCAUGCCGAUUUUUGUGUUUUUCGGCUUGACUCGAGAGGCUAUCGAGACGUAUAGGGGCUAUGCUAGAGCUGUGGGGCUUGGAAGGUUCUUUCCAGCAUAG